AUUGAUAGCGCUUCUCCGGCGGGCUGCGAGAUUUUGACACACCGCCGGCACGAACAAUGCAGCCAGUCAGCCGCGGCGGAGUGACAUCGUCGGGAGGCCAUUUCACCGCCGUAAUGCAGGCUCAUUCGGCUGUCAGCGUCUGAGCGGCGUCAGUGGCUUGUGCGAAACUCCAUUCGUAAAGAAGUGGCCUUUUCGGUUUCUGCCAAACGAGGCGCUUAUAGAACCCUCUCCCGUCGCAUUUGGGGACUCUGAGCGAUCAAUGAAGGUCGCACAUAAAUUCGGCGCACGUUACAUGGCGGGUUCUGCUGAAUACGAGACAAAGUUUUUCACUGUGGAAAUUGUGGGAACAGCCAGCUUCAACGCCUCGGACUCUGGGAUUUUUGGCAUCGCCGGGUCCAACAUUUGGAGCCCUCCACCUCCGCUCCAUCACAAAGUGAAUGUUGAUAUGCCACAUCAGACCGUUGAAGUAAAAGAUGAACAGCAGUCGAAUGUCCAGGAGAAUUACCAAACAAAUCAGACCUUCAACAAGAGCACCCUGUUCAUAGGGUGGUCAGGGUUUUUUUUUCUUUUUUGUCGCACAAAUGGAAGCCGAAAACAAGCAGGCGAUGAAUCCAGCAGAAGUGAUGGAGCCCAUGACGGUGACAACGUCGGUGGCUGGACCGGAUGAGUUUGAUCGCAAUGCCCCGCGAAUCUGUGGUGUGUGCGGCGACAAGGCCACCGGCUUCCAUUUCAACGCCAUGACCUGUGAGGGCUGCAAGGGAUUCUUCAGGCGCAGCAUGAAGCGUAAAGCCUCCUUCACCUGCCCCUUCAAUGGAAGCUGCACCAUCACUAAGGACAACCGGCGUCACUGCCAAGCCUGUCGCCUCAAACGCUGCAUCGACAUUGGCAUGAUGAAAGAGUUUAUUCUGACUGAUGAGGAGGUUCAGCGGAAGAAGGACAUGAUCCUGAAGAGGAAGGAGGAGGAGGCAGCCAGGGAGGCCAUGAAGCCACGACUGAAUGAGGAACAGACUCGGAUCAUCUCCUGCCUGGUGGAAGCUCACCACAAGACCUACGAUGCCUCCUACUCCGACUUCAGCCGCUUUAGGCCGCCGGUACGCGAAGGCCCCGUGACCCGCAGCGCGAGCAGAGCAGCCUCUCUUCAUUCACUCUCCGAUGCUUCCUCUGACUCGUUCAACCACUCACCCGAGUCCGUGGACAACAAGAUGAACUUCAACAACCUGUUGAUGAUGUACCAGGAUGGAGCCAGCAGUCCGGACUCCAGUGAGGAGGACACCAAGUUGUCCAUGCUGCCCCACCUGGCUGACCUGGUGUCCUACAGCAUUCAGAAAGUCAUUGGCUUUGCCAAGAUGAUUCCAGGAUUCAGAGAGCUGACUGCUGAAGACCAGAUCGCACUUCUGAAGUCCAGUGCCAUCGAGAUCAUCAUGCUGCGUUCAAAUCAGUCGUUCAACCUGGAGGACAUGUCCUGGAGCUGUGGGGGACCGGACUUCAAGUACUGCAUCAAUGAUGUCACUAAAGCGGGCCACACUCUGGAGCUGCUGGAGCCACUGGUGAAGUUCCAGGUUGGACUGAAGAAGCUCAACCUGCAUGAGGAGGAGCAUGUGCUGCUCAUGGCCAUCUGCCUACUCUCCCCAGAUCGGCCUGGUGUCCAGGACCACGCCCGAAUCGAGCAGCUCCAGGACCGGCUCUCCGACAUCCUGCAAGCCUACAUCCAAGUCAACCACCCGGGCGGCCGCCUCCUGUACGCCAAGAUGAUCCAGAAGCUGGCCGACCUGCGCAGCCUGAACGAGGAGCACUCCAAGCAGUACCGCUCGCUCUCCUUCCAGCCGGAGCACAGCAUGCAGCUCACCCCGCUGGUCCUGGAGGUGUUCGGCAGCGAGGUGUCGUAGCAGAGGCAGCCUCCACCACGCAACCAUCCCCACCACCCUUCUCCACUGUUCAACCCUGGCCUUUAAAACCCUACACUCAGUUCAACUCAAGGCAGCACGUCUCAUACACCUGGGCCUCCAGGUGGCUGCAGCAGCACAUGGAUAAGCAGAUUGUAUUUUCAUCUUUGGAUAUCAAAACAGGGAAUCAUGCAUCAUUUCACUACGUCACUCAGCUGUGCCAACAGGAAAAAGCAACUCUUUGCAUCGACUUUUUUCUCAUCACAACCUCUCUGGACCUCCUGGCUUCUUCGUGUGCAACAUUUCUACAUAUUUUUUGGGGCCGACGGAUGUGGCUCCAUUGCAUCGAAAGGCGACCAUCCAGCGUGGCGUCUAACAACAAAGCUAUCCAAAUAUACUUCUCCACCGAGGGCCUCCUCCCACACGGCUUGCCGGCUUCGUCUCAAGUCAAAGGAAGUACGUGCUUUUAGAUGACUUGGAUCGGCCCUCCAGUUGUGUGCGCGCUCGCUGAGUGUGAGACUGUGGAGAGGCGAUGCACAACCCAGAUUGGAUGGAUGGGAAGAGGUGCUACACUUGGGAAAUUCCUUGUCACGAAAGGGAUGUCACAGAAACUAGAAUGUAUCGACAAUGUGAUAUAGAUGAAAAGUAUAAGCUGAUUUCUAUAUAUAAUGGUUGCUUCCUACUCCAUGGGAGCGGAUGUUGUGGAUGGGGAGGAUGCAGAGGAGCCUCCUCCGUGUGCGUGUUUCAGCGCCUCAACACACGACCGUGCGGGCGCGUGUGUACAGUACCAGAGACUAUUGAUGGACCACAAGGGGGUGCAGGCUCUGAAGGAGGGCUCAGUGCAGGGAAAUCUCUCUCUCUCUCCAAUUUGGACCUGUGAAGUUCGUGGACUGACAUUCUUAAAACGCGCCGUCAUGUUGUCUUUUUGGAUCCACAGUAUUUGUUUUGGUCGGUCAGAUCGCUGCUAUGACAGUUCGGGUCCGACAGUUGGAGGAGAGAAGCCAACGGCCUGCUGUUACCUCAGGGAAGUGUUUGUCUGAUGCUCGUGCGUGUGCGUGUGUGUGUGUGUGAGAGAGGCGUGAGCGUACAAUCAUGUGGAGGAGCGUGUCUUCAGAGUUCGAAGCAUCACUGUGAUUUCAACUACUACCAUUAAGCUGAUCAGUUCUGGACAAAUGGAAUCCAGUCAAGCCUUCAAAUCUUUGCUGAUGGCAGCAUUUCAGUCUGCCUUUUUUUUUUUUUUUUUUUUUUUUUAAAUCCACAAUGGACCAUCUACAUCCUCAGCCGUCGAUGAUUGAAACACCAGCCACAUAAGCGUCACCAGGACAUUGACUCGUCACUACAUAUCGCUCAUCCCCACCUCUCUCUCUCGCGCAGCCCUCGGUCACCCCCUUGUGGACACACCUUGUAAAUACCACUUGCUAAGCCUGUACAUACUUGGAGGUGAACUAGCUAUAAGGAUUGAUGGUAACGGAGCCCCGGAGACGCAGCACUAUAUGCAAUGAUACUGAGGCGUGUGGGCUGGAGAACACAGCUGAGUUGCUCAGGAUCCACAGGAAGCCCAUGUGGAAACAACCUGAACUCCUUUGAAUCGGUGCAAAUCCAACAACUUUGGAAGAACAGAAGCAACACGAACCAGAAUUCGACAGCUUUAAAUGGAAUCAAAUUGUGUUUUGAAUCAAGAGUGAAUGUAUUUUUGCUUCCAAGAAUCUCCUUAUUUUAAUCCUAGUUGCAAUCAGAAAUAUAUACACGCGAUUGUACGGAAGUACGUCUUAAUUUAUUUAGAUAAACUUCAAAAUAUUGAUGAUUAUUUUUAACGUCGUAGGAAUAUCUACUUUGUAUCGACAAGUCAAAGGUUCAGGGCCCCCCUCAUAAAUGGAGCCUGGUCUUCCUCUAGCAGCUCAGCGUGUGGCUCUCUCUCAGAGCAAUCGAUAAGCUUGGGACAAUGACUUUAUAUUAUCCACUUGUAUUUCUCAUAAACACCAGUUGCUUCUCUGUGGAUGAUGUGCGCCAGCGCCCUGGCUUGUGCCGGGACACUGAUGUGGCUGGACUGGUCCGCUGCAGCAGCCAUUUCCGUGAUCUGGAGGACUUGUUGUGUAUAGGAGGCAGUGAAUCCAUCUUCAUACGGGGCCCAUCCCAAACUAACACUGCCUGAAGUGAGCGAGUCGGCGAGGGAGCACUACACUAACCAGACCUCUGAUCAUAGCUUUAACUGACGGCUCUGCGCGUGGACGCGGCGCCCGCUGAGAGGGCCACUCAACGCUGAGACUGCCGGGAUCAACAGCGUUUCCUCUUCUCACCGCUCGCAUCGCAGCUGUUCUGUUUCCAGCAACAAAGAGAAGGACUUGUAGUUUUGUUGUUUCGAACAUCUUUGUGUUUUGAAUGGAAUGCAGGGCAGAGGAAGCUAGUGAGGGCUGGCGCCGUGUUCUGACCCGGAAGCUCGCUUGUUUACAUCCACAGCAACGCAGCGUGUCGGGAUGCGAGUGAGAGCGCCACCGACUGAGCGCUAACAAAAGGACCGUGGCUCUCCUGAUGCACACUGGGUUGCUGUUGAUGGAAACAGUGGUUUGUUUGGAUCCAGGAGCGAGCCACCGUCUGUGCCGGGCCGCCGCUCCACCUCAGUAGCCUUACUUACUUACAGGAACCUUACUCGGCUUCUAACAGAUACCUCAACCCAUUUCCUGGACAAUGUUUCACAAUAGCCUUUCUGGGAACCAAACACACACACACACACACACACACACAACACUCUCAAGCUCAGUGUUUCGACUCCAAACGUUCUGCAUUUCACUUGUACGAAGGAGGUUUGCUAGAACUGUCGGAUCCCAAUGCUCCCAAAUGUCUCUUCUGUCUCUGGACACUUUUCUCGUCUGCCUCAUCAACAUACUACCUCUCCCCCUGCACAUGUGGCACGGCGCCCUGCUCCUGCUCACGAGACACUCACCUGGAUUUGUGCAGUUUCUCCUUCUGAAACUUCUCAUCUCACCUGGGAAUAUGCACCUGGACUUGGUGUCAGUGCAUCAGAUAUUUGGACUCACACUAGUGUAUUGUGUUGCUUCCCGCCCCCCCAAUCCCCUCACCGCUGCCCUGUAGCAUCAUUUCUUGUUUUGUUCUGUUUUGAUUCUGGCUGCACUUUACUGAUCCCAGAGGUCUUUCUCACAGCUAACACCUGUUUAUGGACUGGUGCAUGGAAACAGCAUGGAGGGAAGUGAGCGCGAGCUUCAGCAACAGGUGAACAAACGUGGGUACGUUUUCUCUUCAAGGUUAGUUCAUCACCUCUCUCCACCCUGAUCACUCUUGCUUUUCCUCCAACGUCUUGUGGCAUUGGGAUCCAGUUCAGAUGGAAUUUAGUGUCUGUGUCUCCCACACACACACACACUCACACACACACACACGCUCGCUCACUGCUCUGCCUUCUUCCUCACUCGCUCCUCCUCUUGGUUUGCUGCUCACUUGUUCCGUUUUCAGGUAAAUGAGCCUUUGACAGUGAAUGACGUUUCCACUGCUCUUCUGCUGCUCAGGACCUGCUCUUCAUCUUUUCAUGUCAAAGCUUCGACAUGUGGACACUUUCCAUGUAACACGCCAUCUUAAAAGACAUCCGUUUCUAUCUGAGUGCAAAAUGGCCAAAAUGUAUUUUUCUUCACUCAUACAAAAGUCUGAAUUACUAUUUUUGGAAGCUAAAAUUGUAUUCCAUUUUCUCAUAUUUAUCUCCUGAAAUGUAUAUUUUUAAAUAUUGAAAAAAUGUAUGUAUAUAUAUAUACACACACACACCAAAAAAUUAACUGUUAAAAAAAGUUUAUACAUAUUUUGCCCUUUACUGGAAAGGUGGGUGAGAGUUUGGACCUCAGAAGAGCCUUAAGGACAACUGUCAUUCAACUGGUGUGUUUCUCUUGUUGCAUCUCUGCUACCUCUUCUAUAUGCUCUUACACACACACACUCAGAUGGACACACUUACACGCUCAUGAUGUGCACUUCUUUCCUUCACCAGCAGUUUUUUGCCAAUGAUGCACUUGUGUUUUGUCUGCAAAAGCUCUGCAAAGUCUGUUUGUUUCGAUCCGUUUCUAAGACCUGCCAGGGGCUUAGACGUCAUUCAACAGGGUUUAAAUCUCAGUCAUCGACUUCAAAUAACAAACAGAAAUGCACAUAGUUCUCAGUUGUACCUUGGUGUGCCUCGAACCCACAGCCUUAUUUUGGGACUAUAUCAGGGGUUUUAAUGUCGUAUAUGUGGUGUGAAGCCAUUUCAUACCAUCUCCAACACACUCAUGAAUCUUAGCCUGCAGUCCAGUCCCAAGAUAAGCCCCCUCCACGCACUCGCACGCAGUCAAACCCGCCGGACCUCAGCGCUUCAUAGACCGCCGCAAGGAUUGGCUCUCCUACCAAAACCCAGCGUUACUCAUGCAGCGUCUCUUCUGCCUGGCCCAUGUGACCAGCCGUGUUCUCCUGUUGCUCGCUUCUUUGUUUUCCUGCUCUUGGAAGUUGAUCCAUUUUACUUUGCUUACCUUGUACGUAGAGAUGUUUUUGAGGAAAUCACAAAUAAAGCAGCUGUACAUACUGAUGCGGAACACAAAUGUCUUUACUCUCCUGUCACGUGACUUCCAGCUCUUAUUUGCUCCUCAGAUGACCCUCUCUGUCUUCUGUCAUAAGAACAUCAGAGACUCUUCAGUAAUUCAGAUUUCUUACUGAGAAAAGACCGUGUUUUUCACCACUUCUAUGUGCAUCGUCCAACCGACAACCUUUGGACCUGUUGAUCCGAAGUUUGGGUCUUGUACUGCAGAUCAUGAUGAAGUUGAAGCAAUGAAGUUUGAUGCUCGUGACAAGCGUCAGGUCAUUGAAAACAAGGCGCCUCCUUUUCUUAUUUUCACACACUUGUACUGAAUAAAGAGGAUGAUAUAUAUUUUUUUUCCCUGUUGCCAAGAGUCCGACGUGAAUAGUUGUCGCUCCCGUUCCCUGCUGCGAUUGAAAACCUUGGCGUCAUCUGAAGGGAAGCGCUGCCGAGUGCCAGAGAGGAGGCCGUGGAGCUCAGUGCGCCGAGCAGUCGGAGGAUGAGAGGCACUGCGGUGGCGCUGCUGACGCACAUGUGAAACAUGGAGGGAUGGGAAGGAAUCUCAGGCUGGAAGGGAGCAGACCUCAAGGCGAGGUCAGAAAGCCACUGGCGACGCACAAGAGACAUGACUGGGGUCACCACGCCUCUGUUCUGACACCUAUCGCAGGAGGUGCGCAGUCUCAGCGCAGCAGCCUUCAAAUGUUGUGUCCAACGUUUGCUCACGAAGCUGUUGAAGCUGUUCUUGUUUGAAGAAGCCAUGAAGUGCUGCCUUGGUAUGUGCACUCAAGUGUCUGUGGUCGCAUACUUAUGGGGCCCUGGGUGUGUGUGUGUGUUCUGGAGCGUCGGCGCGUGGGAAUAUGGUGGAGGAUUUCUGUGGUAUUUUUCAUGUUUGUUAUUAAAUAUUGCCACAAGGGACCGCGAGCAAACCCCAGACACUCCCCCUCAGCUCCACCUUCUCGUGAUCCCUUCUCCUGCUGGGCUUCAAAUAACAAUGGAGUCGCACCGCUAGGCUUAAAUAAGCCCGACUCUGGAGGAGAAAGGCCAAACAAACCAGGGCUCAGAAGGUGGCGCCCUCGGUUCCAAUCCAAAGAUCUCGGAGCAGAGGGCGCCAUCUAGUGGCCUGCGAAAAUGAGGACACCGUUUCCUGAAGCCUCAUGAGCGCGGUGGCCUUGACUCCUCUGAUCGAUAGGGAUGGAAAACCCCGGCAACAGGAAGAGUGCGUUGCACAUGUUCGCUCCGAAAAGCUCUUGCUGGCUGCCGAGUCUCCGCAUGAGGAAACACUUCAACUCUGAGAGCAGUUUGAGUCGUCUGGCAUUGAGCUGCAUUCUCUCGCUCAAGGAGGAGAAGGUCAAGUUCUGGGUGGAGCGCAUAGAUGAGGGGAUUCAUACCACAGAAUAUACAUCUUUCUUGCCACACCAAAAUCUUUCCCUCAUCUUUGUUCGCCCUGCCUUAAAGGGGCUUUGACCCAAAUCACCCCAGAGGAUCUGACUGAGUCAAACUGCCAGUAUUUAUCUUUAUCUAUGUAAAAAAAAUCCUGUUUGAAUGUCUGAAACCCAGCCAGAUGGUAUUUCUUCAGUGUAGAGCUACGAAAAAAAGAAGAUAAAGACAAUUGAUGUGCCACAAUAGUGACAUGCACAGGCGUCAGUUUCGAGGGUUCUGUCACCAACACACUUCUUCCACAAUUCUUAUAAGCCAUCGCAAGAUAGGCCAUUUUUCGUAGUCUAGAAAAUUCUGAUGCUCCUGAAUGCACCAUCCGAAUGUAUGAGACAGAAAUGAAACGUGGUUUUUUUUGUUUUUUUUUUUGCUUGUUUUGUGUGCUGGUUGGGGUCAAAAAAGAAUCCACAAACUUCAGUGUGAAGGUUAAACAGUGUUGUGCUGGCUGUGAUGCGCCAGUCUCACGGACUUCCCUCUGGAGCCGCGGUGAUUUCCUCUCCACUCUUUUCAUGGCGGCCAUAUUUUUGGCGCGAUAUGCUGCAGAUGCCGUUCAUCAUCUUGAUCUUUUCAUUUCUUCUCCUCACCGGAUGUUUUUAUUGGAGUGGGUGCAGAUGCUUCCUGCUUGUUGUUUGGUUGAAACGUCCGUCUCACUUCUGCUGGUGAGAGUGGAGGCCAGUGUUUUUGGUUUGGUGUGAGUUGCGGUGUGCGGGCAUGUUUGAGGAAUGUCACCUUGUAAAUGGCUGAACACUGUGUGUUCCCCUGCAGUCGGAAGCGUCUCAGACCAGGUGUGUCACACGGUGCGUUGCUUGGCGACUGCAGCGUAGAGUCGAUUGUCCGUCAGUAAAACAACACAUAUUGUAGACGUCACACAUUACUUUUGUAAGACCUUUUUGCUCUCCGAGACUGAGGUUUUGGUCUUAAUUCGUCCUCCACAUGAGGAACAAAGUUGAAAAAUGAUUUUCACAAUUCAUCCUUUCCAUGAGAAGAAGGAGCUCCAUUGUGUGUUUGUGGACCUGGAGAAAGCGUACGACACGGUGACAAGGGAAGAGUUGUGGUAUUGUAUGAGGAAGUCUGGAGUGGCAGAGAAGUGUGCAGGACAUAUGCCAGGUGUGAGACGGUGGUGAGGUGUGCUGCAGGUGUCACAGAGGAGCUCAAGGUGGAGGUGUCACUGCACCAAGGCUCAGGCUCAGGCUCCUCUUUGCAAUGGUGAUGGACAGGUUGAGAGAUGAGGUGAGACACGAAGCCCCUUGGACCAUGAUGUUUGCGGAUGACAUUGUGAGAGCAGGGAGCCAGUGGAGGAUCAGCUAGAGAGGUGAGGAGAGGAAUGAAGGUUAGCCGCAGUAAGAUGGAAUCCAUGUGUGUGAAGAAGAGGGAGCCAAGUGGACAGGUGAAGUGACAAGAUGCAGAGAUAAAGAAGGUGGGAGGUUUGAAGUACUGAGGCUCAACUGUCCAGAGCCAUGGAGAGUGUGAGAAAGAGGUGAAGAAGCGAGUGCAGGCAGGAUGGAAUCAUGGGAGAAAAGUGUCAGGAGUGAUGUGUAACAAAAGGGUGUCGGCAAGGAUGAAAAUGAAAGCGUCCAAAAGGGUGGUGAGGCCAGCAAUGUUGUAUGGAAGAUGUUGAAGCUGGAACGGCCAGGCAGAAGGAUCGGAUGUUUGCCGUGUUUACAGCGACGACAUGAACUUCAGCUGACUGACCUGUCACCUUGGCUUCCAUCUGACUUCAAAGCCAUUCUGAACCGGAACCUCCGCAUUCCUCCGUCAGCCCAUCCACCCCAUCGCUCUCGCGUUUCUCCUCCGCCUUGUUUUUCUUUUUUUUUCUUUCUUUUUCAGAAGCAUGUGAGAGCGCCAUCAGCGACUCCAAGCUUUUCCGCACACCCAGCCAAAUUUAUCCCUGUGGUUUUCCGCAUGUUUAUUUUGGGUUUGCUUCAGGGACGACAUAUCUGCGGGAAAACCAAGCGGCCCCGGGCGGGUGCUUUCCCUCUCCAGGGAAUCAUCGCUACCUGGGUAAAAAUAGAAGAGGAGCCUUUUUCGGGAGAUGAAAUGAAAGAUCUCGAGUCUCCACACCCGACUCUCGGCUGCUGAAAACACUCAUUUGCGUCCUGCUUUAGGCACAAAGGGCCUGAAUUCAUGAGCUUGAGAGUGGAACGGCUUUCAUCCAGUCACCUUGUCUCUUCAGCGUGAACCUGGUGGCUGCCACUGUAGAAUGUGUGUAGGUGGAGAGGAAUUGUGGGGCAGGAAAAAGCCACCUCCGCAGCGACUCCUGGGUUUGACCUGUGUUCAACAUGUGUCUGCUGCAGUCAUCCACCAGUGCUACCUUCCUGCUACUGUUCCGUCCAUGGGAAUGUUUCCACCGCCGGGUGGGAAUCACAUUGCAACUGUGGGCGUCUUGGCUCAAGAGUCUGCUUCCAUAUUCCACCGAUAUCUCACGUCGGGAGCCGACCCUUCCCCACUUGAGUCAUGUCUAGCUGAAGAAGCUCCCUGGAUUCAGCAUCAGAGAAACAGAGUCUGAUCUGGAACAGAGACAAAGGAGCCGUGGAACGUUGGACGGAGAGCCGCACUUCUGUUCCA